GUGAUUUAAAUAAAAAAAAUUGAUUGGACACCUAAUCAAUUUACUGCUUUUUAACACAUACCUCCAAAAAUGUCCUAUGCCAAGCAAAUUAAUGGUCUUGCUGACCCUAUAUGCUCUUUUUAGCUUUUAGUGCUUGCAGAAAUUGAAAUGUCCUCUGCCAAACUUCUUUGUACCCAUCGCUGAUUAGCCAACUUUGCCAUUGGCUGCUCCUUCAAUUCUCUAGCUAGUACCAAUUCUUAAUUUCUCUAGUUCUGUUUCAGCCUUUCAGGCACUUCAAAUAACCAGUUUCCACAACUUUUUCUCCUUUCACUGACCCUGUCUAUGUCAAAUUCUUGAGCACAAUGAUCAAGCUUUUAACAAGCAGCAAAUUCAUAUCUAUCAUCAUUCUUCUUCAACAAAACUUGGUAUUUUCUAAAUGCACUUGUGAUAACCAAGUUCAAGAUUCAGAUAACAAUGACUCUGAGGCACUGAAGUUCAAGUUGAUUGCUGUGGCAUCAGUUUUAGCUGCUAGCCUCAUUGGUGUGUGCUUGCCAAUCUUUGCUAAAAGCAUUAGCAACCCUGAAAGUCACUUGUACUUCCUAAUUAAAGCAUUUUCUGCUGGUGUGAUCCUCGCGACCGGGUUCAUCCACAUUCUUCCUGAUGCUUUUGAGGCCUUAACAAAUCCAUGUAUAGGUGAAAAGCCAUGGGGAGUGUUUCCUUUUUCAGGGUUUGUGGCAAUGAUGGCAGCAAUCGGGACAUUGAUCCUGGAAGCUUUCGCUAUGGGGUACCAUAAAAGGUCUGAAAUGAGAAAUGCUCUGCCAUUGAAUAAGGAUGAAGAGACUCAUGAUGCAGUUCAUGGUAGUCAUGUUCAUAGCUCUGAACUUGCCUCUGAGAAAUUAGAAUCACCAGAUCUUCUUCGGUAUGACAUAGUUUCUCAGAUUCUGGAGCUGGGUAUGGUGCUUCACUCAAUCAUUUUAGGGAUAUCUCUUGGGGUGUCCAGAAGUCCUAACACAAUCAAGCCUUUGGUGGCUGUACUAAGUUUCCAUCAAUGCUUUGAAGGCUUGGGACUUGGUGGGUGCAUUUCCCAGGCAAAACUUAAACAUUAUAAGGUUGCAAUUAUGGUGCUAUUGUUUUGCCUUAUUUUCCCAAUUGGAAUUGGUAUUGGUAUUGGCAUAUCAAACACUUACAAUGAGAACAGUUCAAAGGCGCUUAUAGUUGAAGGGGUUCUGCUAUCAGCAUCUGCAGGAAUCCUGAUUUACAUGGCACUUGUUGAUCUUCUUGCCACUGACUUCAUGGGCACAAGAAUGUUAAGCAGUUUUAGGCUCCAAUUGGGGGCAAGUUUAGCCCUUCUUAUGGGAUUGAUUUGCAUGUCAAUCUUGGCAUUGUGGGAAUAAGCACAACCAUGUAUAGGUGUAACUUUUUUCUUGUCCUUGAAAAGUAUAUUAGGGAAAUAAUAUUGACUCCUUGCACUCUAAUAUAUAUCAUGCAGUUUUUGAGCUUGGAGCCUACAA